UUGAAACAGACAAGGACGAUACUCGGUGGGCAUCCACUGCGUUGUAAUCUAGGGAAUUUACUUCUGUUUGGUGACUGUUUAGCGGUGUUUUCAGAAUUAGGCAGCGUUCUCACAGGGACACAUUUUGUCGAUGCAGUCUGAAAGUUAGGUCAAUGCAGCAAUGCAUUUUGCAAAUUAAAUCUGGUUUCUAAUUAGAUUUGAUUCAUUUUGUUUCUUUGUUCUUUAUUUACCAUCUGACUCAUCGGAUUACAUUUUUGUAGCGCACGCGUCCUCCAAAAUUCUGUGCCUGAUAUGAAACAGAGUUGAUCGUUAAGGGGGGAGACCAGCAGAGCUCUUACAAACAGAGUGAUUCAACUUCUUUCCCUGUUAACGGACUGAAAUGCCAGAUUCGAUGAUGAUGAACAAGAACGGAAUGGUGUCAAAAAUUCAGACGCGAAUAAGGACUGACCCUUUCAAGAGCAAUUACGAUCUGGUCGGCAAAGAAUUGGGCAGAGGAAAGUUUGCGGUGGUGAAGAAGUGUGUUGAGAAAGCGACCGGGAAGGAGCACGCUGCCAAGUUCCUGCGCAAGCGGCGGAAGGGGGAGGACUGCCGCAUGGACAUCCUCAAUGAGAUCGCCGUGCUGGAGUCCGCCAAGGCCAACCCUUUCGUGGUGUCUCUCCACGAGGUCUAUGAGACCCCUACCGAGAUCAUCCUGGUGCUAGAGUGUGCCGCCGGCGGGGAGAUCUUUAACCAGUGUGUGGCGGAUAACGACGAAGGCUUCACAGAGAAGGAUGUCAUCCGGCUGGCCAGGCAAAUCCUGACGGGCGUGGCCUGCCUGCACCGCAACAACGUGGUCCACCUGGAUCUGAAGCCUCAGAACAUCCUGCUUACCAGCUCCCGGCCCCUGGGGGACAUCCGCAUUGUGGACUUUGGCCUGUCCAGGCGCAUGGACAAUGUUAAGGAGGUGCGGGAGAUCCUGGGAACCCCAGAGUAUGUGGCCCCAGAAAUCCUGAACUAUGAACCAAUCAGCACAGCAACAGACAUGUGGAGCAUUGGCGUGCUGAUCUACGUCAUGCUGACCGGCGAGUCCCCCUUCCUGGGCGAGGACAAGCAGGAGACCUUCCUGAACAUCUCGCAGGUCAAUGUGGACUACUCUCAGGAUGUCUUCGAAGGGGUGUCGUCACUGGCCAUCGAGUUCAUCAAGUCCCUGCUUGUCAAGAACCCCAGGAAGAGGGCCACAGCCGAGGACUGCCUGAAGCACCCCUGGCUGGGCGGGCACGCCGACCACCACGCCAGGCUGCUGCCAUCCCUGACCGAGCCCGAGGCUGACCAGCUCGAGUCGGAGCCCGAGAGCCCCGCGCCGUCCCCAGAGCUGCUCAUUGUGGCCUCCUACACCAUGUGCUCCAGCCAGAGCGAGAUGAAGGCGGGGCGGGGCACGUUCACGUUCGAGGAUCCCUUCCCCACCCGCCCGGAGAUCCAGCAGGAGCUCAUCUGCUGAGCCGCGCAGCCGCGCAUCGGUGAACUGCUGUUAAUUUAUUCAGAGACGAGCACAACAGGAGCCGGGUGGUCCAGUGCGGCGCGGUGCUAUUGCCUAUGCGUGUUUGUGUGUCAAAGCGUGAACAUGGGUUCGGGUGUGAACGUGGGAUGGGCCUGCGCCCUGUUAAAGAUGACGGAGCCAGGAGACUCUGUGCUCACCGGCCACAGGAGUUUUGCACUUGAUUGGUCUAUGUAUGUCUGUACACUCGGUGGCGGAAUUCAUUUCUAUUAUACAAAGUUGCCACUUCUUUGGUUCUUUGUAUAGUCCCCUAUAUACAUGCAAUAUGAGUGAACAUGGGACCAAAGACAGCUUCCUUCAAAAGGACAGUCUGUCGCCCCUGGUAGCAUCACAACACGGAAAAGGCAUGAAAAUGUAAAUAUUGGCAGGACAGGAAAAGAAAUUUCUGCUUUCUUUUGCAGCCAAACACUUAAGAUAAGGCCAAUGAUGAGUUGGAUGACAAGGUUGUUUCUGAUGACUGGUUUGGCCAUUAGAAAGACUUGUCAGAGGACCAGGGGUACUGCCCACCCAUUUGACAUUUUGGAGGGGUGCACAGUGGAUGCUGAGAAGACCAGUGGCUCCUGGGGGAACUUUAAUAUGAAGGCCCACCUGAUUGCAGUUCCAAAAGUGUCAAAUGCCCUUCUGAUCUUACAGAUCUGUGUGACUGAUCCGUCUACCUCCCCAGCAUCGUUUUCAAAUGGCACACAAGCCAUGAGAUGAAUGCAUGCUCAUUGCCUGUUCUAGGUGGGGGAUAAUCUAACUUCUAGCACUUUGUCAUUGUACAGAUUUCGAAUGUUGGAAUGUGUCGGUCGCCAAAGACUUUUGUACAAAAAAAAUCGGAUCAAGCAUGCACGAUCCAGGUAUUUCAGUUCAUAGUCAAACUGUCGGCUUCUUUUAUGAUAACAUUACACCAAGUGCCAGAUCAUACAUCUCCUACGUUUUAUUUAACAUUGAGUGUACCUUAUAUCCCCUGCUAAUGUCACACACAUAAUGUUUUUAUAUAUUCUUUGAAAUAAGUCAUUGGUAGAUUAUGAUUUAUGCACUCUUGUGUUCCUGCUCUUUGAGCUUCAUCAACACAUCAGGUUGUCAUACAAAGGUCACUGGGAAUUAACUGUGCAACAGCACAAACACUGAGCAAUGAAUGGAAUGUUCUUUUUGAAAGUCUUGCCUGUUAAGGGAUUGAAAAGGAACUUGAGAGUUUGAGAGGACUUAUUUCCGAGAUCAGUUUGAAUUCCAGAUACUAGCCAUCAAAGGAGGUCUGAAGUGUAUAUUUUUGUUCAUUUUUAAAAUGAAUUAUUCUCUGUAAAAUAUUUUUCUAUUGUUAUGAUUUAAUGUCUAUAUUGUAUGAGCAAAUAAAAAUUGUAUGUAUUGUUUCUCUUUUUUUACCUUGUUUGUACGAUGUCUCCACUUUUCUCUUCUGUUUUUAAAUGUCAGGCAGGUUUGCACUUGUUCAGUCAAAUGAACAUUAGCCAUUUUUAAUAAGUAUUGAUGGCGGACCUGCUAAAUUGUAUCAAGGGAA